AGUCCCUAGUUCGCAUAGUUUGUGUCAAUAUCGCUUUCUGCGCUCGCUCUCGUCCGUGAUCGGUUUUUUUCUUAUUUUCUGUGUAAUCAACCGUGUUGUAUCCGAGGAUUCUUCUGCAGUCCCAAGGAAGCGAGAUCAACAGGCAUCAGUGCGACAGCACCGAAUCAGCAGUGUAGUUUUUUUUUCUUUCUUCAUCAUUUCAUAAUUUGCGCUCCAAAACCAAUCGGCAGAGGAAGCAACUUUUUGGAUUGAUUUAGUGGUUGUUUAGUUGAUUGAGGGUGCGACGCGAUUCGUGAACGGACCGAAUCAACUUUGAGUGAAUACCAAGGAAUAAAGGACCCGAAGCACACAUACACAUACGUGAAGGACACUGUCUUUCGUCCCGCGCCAAACGACAGACGAUAGUGAAUGAGGAGCUUCAAAAUGUUAACACCACGGAUACUUAGAAUAGCGAUAGUAAUAUGCGUCGUUGUAGCUAUCUUCUCACAGACCACAGACAGCGCUCAGACAAAACGAAGAAUCCGACGACCAACUAGCCUCAAAUCGUCAAACGCGGCAGCCAAACAACCGGUUGAGGAUAAUCAAAUUGCCAUCAAGAAGGUCGCUCAGGAUCGUUCUGAUCAGGCCCCAGCCUCGGCUACAAACCGUUUCCGGGUGCGGUCCAAAACACGCGGUGGUACAGCCCUCGCCGCUGGAGCUGGAGCCGCCAUCGUAGCCACUGCCGCCUCCAACUCGUUGGUCACUAAAAAAGUGCAGGAUAAGGAUGGAUAUAAGAUCGUUUGCUACUACACAAACUGGUCUCAGUACCGAACCAAGCUCGGUAAAUUUGUUCCGGAGGACAUCCCGGCCGAUUUGUGUACUCACAUCAUUUUCGCGUUCGGUUGGUUGAAGAAGGGUAAGCUGAGCUCGUUUGAGAGUAACGAUGAAACCAAGGACGGCAAAACGGGCCUGUACGAUCGAAUGAUGGCAUUGAAGAAGGCCAAUCCAAAACUGAAGGUUCUGCUAGCCAUCGGCGGAUGGUCAUUCGGUACUCAAAAAUUCAAGGAAAUGUCGGCUACCCGCUACGCUCGGCAAACCUUUAUCUAUUCGGCCAUUCCGUUCUUGCGCCAGCGAGGAUUUGACGGACUGGACAUGGACUGGGAAUACCCGAAGGGUUCGGACGACAAGAAAAACUUUGUACUGCUUUUGAAGGAACUGCGAGAAGCUUUCGAAGCUGAAUCCCAGGAAAUCCGGCAAACCAGACUACUUUUAACCGCUGCAGUUCCUGUUGGUCCGGAUAAUGUGCGUGGAGGGUAUGAUGUCCCAGCCGUGGCUAGUUACCUGGACUUUAUCAAUCUGAUGGCCUACGAUUUCCACGGAAAAUGGGAGCGUGAAACGGGACACAACGCACCCCUGUAUGCUCCUUCAUCGGAUUCUGAAUGGCGUAAACAACUGUCGGUAGACUUCGCUGCCAAUCUAUGGGUCAAGAUGGGAGCUCCAAAGGAGAAACUGGUCAUCGGUAUGGCAACCUACGGUCGUUCGUUCACAUUAGCCAACACGGAUCGAUACAAGGUCAAUUCACCGGCGAGUGGUGGAGGAAAGGCUGGUGAAUAUACUAAAGAGUCUGGAUUCCUGGCUUACUACGAAAUUUGCGAGAUGCUGUUGAACGGAGCUGCCUAUGUUUGGGACGAAGAAAUGAAGGUUCCGUACAUGGUCGAUGGUGACCAAUGGGUCGGAUUCGAUGAUGAACGUUCGAUUCGAAACAAGAUGAGCUGGGUGAAGACAAAUGGAUACGCAGGUGCGAUGGUGUGGACAGUCGAUAUGGAUGAUUUCAGUGGAACUGUGUGCGGAGGAAACGUCAAGUAUCCCUUGAUCGGUGCUAUGCGUGAGGAACUGCUGGGAGUCAGCCGUGGCAAGGAAGCUAAGGACGUCGACUGGUCUACGGUUGCCGCAACAAUUCAGGAGAAGGAAGUUGAGAAGCCCGCUCCCAUUAAAAUCCCCGUCUCGGAGCUGCUCAGCAAGGUCCAGAAACCACAGAAAAAGAUAAUCAAACAAGGACUGGCUACUAUCGAGAAAAAUAGUGAGUACAAUCCAUACCAUUUGUGGAACCUUUUUGAUGCAUACUAUUUUUGUUCUACAGCUCGCCCAGGUCAAGUAUUUUGUUAUCUUACAAGUUGGUCAGCGAAGCGACCGGGAGCUGGUAAGUUCGAGCCUAAAGACAUUGAUCCGAAGCUGUGCACCCACGUCGUAUAUGCAUUUGCUACUCUGAAGGACCACAAGCUAACCGAGGCAAACGAUAAUGAUCCGGAUAUGUACGACGAAGUGAUCGCACUCCGCGAGAAAAAUCCUGAUCUUCAAGUUCUGCUUGCCAUCGGAGGCUGGGCGUUUGGUUCAACACCCUUCAAAGAGCUAACUUCCAACGUUUUCCGCAUGAAUCAAUUUGUCUAUGAAGCGAUUGAAUUUUUGCGUGAGUUCCAGUUCAAUGGUCUGGAUGUAGACUGGGAAUAUCCUCGAGGAGCUGAUGAUCGUAAAGCUUACGUAGAUCUGCUGCGCGAACUUCGCAUUGCCUUUGAAGGCGAAGCGAAAACCUCUGGUCAACCGAGACUGCUGCUCACUGCUGCUGUGCCUGCGUCUUUCGAAGCUAUAGCGGCCGGUUACGAUGUUCCAGAAAUUUCCAAAUAUCUCGACUUCAUCAAUGUGAUGACGUACGAUUUCCACGGUCAAUGGGAGCGCCAAGUUGGGCAUAAUUCACCCCUCUUUCCGCUGGAUACAGCAUCUGCCUAUCAGAAGAAGCUAACUGUGGACUUCAGUGCUCGCGAGUGGGUCAAACAGGGUGCACCGAAAGAGAAACUGCUAAUUGGUAUGCCAACGUAUGGCCGUUCGUUCACAUUAGUCAAUCAGACGCAGUUCGAUAUUGGAGCGCCUGCUUCCGGAGGAGGAAUGCCAGGUAAGUUUACCAAUGAAGCUGGUUUCCUGAGCUACUAUGAAAUCUGUGCCUUCCUUGGAGUGGACAAUACCACUUUGGUGUGGGAUUCGGAACAACAAGUGCCAUUCGCCUAUCGUAAGGAUCAAUGGGUUGGAUUUGAUGAUGAACGAUCGCUGAAGACUAAGAUGGAUUGGCUGAAAGAGAUGGGAUUCGGUGGAAUUAUGGUGUGGUCUAUCGAUAUGGACGACUUCUCGGGACGUUGCGGAAGUGGUAAAUUCCCAUUGCUCAAUGUACUCAAUACCGAACUGAAGGAUUACAAAGUUCAGCUAGAAUAUGAUGGACCGUACGAGUCUUCUGGGCCACGAGGUGCUUACACUACAAAAGACCCGAACGAAGUUGUCUGCGCCGAAGAGGAUGGCCAUAUUAGUUAUCAUCCGGAUAAGAGCGAUUGCACCCACUACUUCAUGUGCGAAGGAGAACGCAAGCAUCACAUGCCUUGCCCAGCUAAUCUAGUAUUCAACCCGAACGAGAACGUGUGCGAUUGGCCAGAAAAUGUCGAGGGCUGCCAGAAUCCGCAAGCUUCUACUUAAAUAUAAGUACUUUAUUUUCUCCCAGGAUGAUUUUGAAACUGCUAACCCACUCAUCAAAAUAUCACAAAUCGCACUGUAGUUUUAGCUUCCAGGAGAAAACGUUCCGAUCUUAGGGAAAGUUCACUGUCGUAAUGGGAUUAAAACAAAAGCUCAACGUGCACGAAAUAAUCCUAAUUUUGGUCGCUCUUAGAAAGUGGCACAACUCUUUUGGAAAGCCAAAUGAUUUUUUUCCCUGUUGUAAAUAUCUUCUAUGACACCCUAACUUCCAUAUCACCCAGUACGAUUAGAUUCCUCCAAACAGAUACAAAUAUGGAAAUUUCGAUUGCCCAAACCAACGGAUCGAAUGGGUUACGAAUCACUGCCAUAAAUAUUAUGUAUUCAGUUGGAGUUUCUUUUCUGUCAUUCAAAUACAUAAUAGCACACCCAGAUCAGUAAGAGCGAUGCAAACUAUUCGUAGAGAAAAUCUAAUUAAUAUUCUUUUUUACAUUUUCUAUGUUCAAUAAGUACUAUUUAUAAAUAAAACAAGCAAGGAAACCACUUCCUACCCUAUCGUUAAGUCUUGUGCGUGAGAAUUAUGGACACGCAACAAGUGAAAAUGAGUAAAAGUUCUCCGAGGAAGAGAUGAAUAGCGCUAUUCAUCAAGUUAUAUAAAUACAAGAACAUGAAAAAAAAAUUCGCUACAAACAAGAAAAUCAAAGACGCUAAAAACAGCUUCCAAAUUUUUCUCCAUCACAUUUUUUUUUCGAAAUUUGCAAUGUCUCAAAAAAGCUGAUUCGUAUACUCUAUGUAAAUGUGUUUUUGAAUAGAUGUAUAAAAUCUGUGAUAAUUAAGUGUAUAUAAAAGCAAAAACAAACAACAACAUCAGAAGAGAAGCGAUAAAAGCGUGCUAAAAAUAGAGAAAAAAAAACUUAAGAUCAAAAUCAGAGACAAAGUAUCGCAAAAUGGAGAAAAAGAAACCCUAACAAUUGUCAAAAGUACGAAGCUGAAUGAACUGCUCAUUUUCUAUUGGUAAGAAAAUGAAGGUAGUAGUUGCAUUAAAUCUUCCGAAAUAAACAAUUCGUUGGGUAAACGGUGAGGAAAAGUUAAGCAGUAACCAAUGUAAAGAAAAACCGGCUCAAAUGAUGAUGAAACGUCUGAAGAAGAAGAAAACGUUUGUAAUUUACAAUUAACAAAACAAUACGUUAUUUUUUCGAAAUAAACAUUUAUUUAAA